CUGUCUCUCAAUGCAGACAGACAUGGGAAAUUCAGUGGCAGAAAUUGCUCUGGCCUCACUUGUGGAUCAGAAGUCCCUUUGGCUCUUCUCUUCAUCCUUUCAGCCUCAGAAGAACAACUUCCUUGUUGCUUUCCUUUCCCUUCUCCAUUUCUGCUUUGUUCGAUAACCGGAGGAGGGCUACUCGGGAUUCGAAUGGGCUUCUGGAACUGAUCGAAUUGACAAAGAAAGCUGUGAACUGAUCUGCCAACUGCAGAAAGAAUGGCUAUCCUCGGGGGACAAGCGGUUGGAGUCCCGAGCUUCCUGUCCUCCUCUUCGUACCACGCCUCUCAAUCGAACAAGAUUACUCAGUCUCCCUCCACCCUGUCCACGCAGGUUGGGUCUCGAUUAGGAGCUUCUCGCAGGAUCGUUGCCUGCUCUGCUGUUCAGGAAUCAUCUGCAGCUGCAACACCGACUACUACUGUGGCUACUAGCGAGACGGCAUCCGCAGAGACAAAAGAGGCCAAGGCAGCACCAAAAGAAGCUGCAGCAAAGCCCAAGAGGCCCGCAAAGGCCCCCGUAAAGCCGCUGCCUCUGCUGAUGGAGGAGGAAGUGAUCCCGCAGCUUAAAGAAAUCCUCCAAGCUCAGGAGGAUCUCUCGGAGAUCGAGCUAACCUUCCAAGAUAAUAGGUUGGAGGGCUCUUUCUUAAAGAAGGGAAACCCACACUCGUUCUGGGCUUUCUUCCCAAAUGGCGACCUCACAGGCCCGAAAGGAUUUUCUCUGUCAUCCUACGGCUCAGGAGCAAGCACAGUGGAGCCAUUUCUCGUCGAUGAGAAGAAGAUCACUGCAAAUCUUGUCAUCUUCUGGGUCGAGAAGCGUUUGGCUGCACAGGGCAUCAUUCCAGUGUGGAAAGAAUAGUUCCACUCGAUCAUUGCAGAUCUCAUGGGCCUUACUUGAAGAGACCAGAAGUGAAAGCUGAUAUAUGACAUCGGGUAACGCCAGAAUGGCUUCGGAAUGUCCUUGGGAAGCCGAAAGUAACCAGACACGAGCAUGAAUAUUCCCUGCAAAUAUAAGAAAAACCACAGCUGGUAUUGUAAUCGAUGAAAUAUCAAGCCUCGGACUAACCAUUACCUUGCGGAAUCCCCGCAGUUUUGGGGAUUGAACACAAACCUGUAUUCCAGCACCUAUGAUAAUGCCCAUGAGGAAGUUCGGGAUGACACUGGCAAUCACCAUCAUCAAGCUUUCUACAACUGUUACGCUUGCAUAGAGGCACAGGACGAAGAACAGGUAGUGUUCAAAGCCAGGAUGAAGGCGGACCAUGUAAUAGCAGAUAGUUCCCGAGAUGAAAGUGAUCAUUAUUA